CUUUUCUACGUUCUUUUAAUUUAUAAAAUAGACAACACUUUUAACUUGAUUUCCUACUCAUUUCGUUAAAUUCAAAUCUAGCAAAAGGGUUAUACGGUUACAAAUCUUUGUAAAGUAGAAAUAUGCUUUUGAACAAACUCAUUGUGGCAAAUAUUAUGAUUAGUGUGACUGUUCUACUCCAGGGAACUAUUCCAAUGGGGUACGUAUCUGGACUCGCGUCAUUUUGGAUGCUCUCAGCAGGUAGCGUUUUCCUCGUACUCGCAGUCAUCACAUUCAUCGCUCUGUUGUUUUUGAGUCGAUCUAAAUGCAUGUUGGCAAUGAGCCAAAGAAAAUUGGCCAUCUAUCAUGCUCCAGCACCAGUCACAUCGUUGCUUUCGCUCAUCUUCUUCAUCGUGUACACAUUCAGUGCCAAAGCUCCCCACGAGCAUACAGCAAUUAAAAACUGCAUUGUGCUUCUGGAUGUCGGAGUGGGAAUUGUUCUGAUGAUUUCUCUGGUGCAAGUGCUUCUAGCGUUCCUGAGCCACCCGGAAUAUCCUGAGGAAGAUAAUGAUGAACGUUGAUUUAUUUCGUAAUAAACUGAUUCUUUCGU